AUGGCUUUUUGGUGGAAAAAAAAUCCAAAAACUCCAUCAGACUACGCUAAGUUAUUGUCUGAACAUCUUACGAAGUUUGAAACUGUCUCAACUACUGAUAGCAGGAGAAAGGCUCAGGAUGAGUGCGGAAGAUAUUUAAGUGGUAUCAAGCAAUUCAUAUUAGAAGAUUUGGAUCCAGUUCCGCCGCCAGAGGCCAUUGAUGAAUUAUAUGCAACUAUCUAUCAAUCUGAUCUCAUAUAUGAUUUGCUUGUACAUCUUCCCGAGUUGGACUUUGAAACACGGAAAGAUGUGGCGGUCGUAUUCGCCAUUUGUUUGCGGCGUUCGAAGGAUAACAAGUUCAUAACAGUGGACUAUUUGGUUACUAGGCCCAAAAUCAUCGCUUUGAUGCUGCGAACAACAGAAGUGGCGCUGAAAAAGCCUCACUGUAAUGAUAUAUUCCUCAAUGUUGGCUCGAUGAUCCUGGAAAGCAUUAAAUAUGAACAGCUAUGCCGUAUUAUAUUGAAAGAUCAGCAGAUUUGGAAAUUUUUUGAGUUUGCAAGAUUGGGAUGCUUUGAGAUUAGUACAGAGAGUUUGCAGAUCCUUACAGAUACCUUUACCCAACAUCCGAAACUUGUAUCCACAGAAUUCUUCAAUCAGCCUCAAAAUAUCCAAAAAUUCAUUGAAAGGCUAAAUAACCUUAUUGCACACGGAAAUUACGUUACUAAGAGACAAAGCAUAAAACUACUGUACAAUUUGAUAAUGAUUAGGCCUUACAAUCAACUUCUUAAUGCAUACAUCAAUUCUCCGGAGAAUCUAAAAUUGAUAAUGAUAUUAUUGAGCGACCGUUCACGUAACCUUCAACUGGGAUCCUUCAACAUUUUCAAAGUUUUUAUUGCCAAUCCAAGAAAAUCUAAACCAGUAAUGGAUAUUCUCGUGAAAAACAGAGAGAAAUUGCUACUUUAUUUGGAGAAUUUCAAUGGUGAUAGUAAGGAUAGCACUUUUUUAGAUGAAAAAGAGUAUGUGAUGCAGGAGAUAGAAUCGUUCCCACGGCUAGUAUCUUCUAAUAGUGAUCCAUUUAUUGAAUCAUCUCCACAAAAGAAUAUCAGUGGGUAA